AUGACAAAGUCAGAAAGAGAAAGUCUCCAGAAACGAAUUAUACAAUUCUAUGUUAACGUCGCUAACAAAAAGAAAAAUCUUACAGUAAAUCAUUUUUUGAAAGAGGAAAUUCCUCGUAGAACUAUCUAUAAUGUCAUCACGAAUUAUGAUGAAUGUGGUCAUAUAGGAGACAAACAAAGAUCCGGUCGGCCAAGAAAACUCAACUCGAAAGCAAUUAACCGACUAAAAAAUCUUGCUAAUCAUCAUACGGGCAUUUCUUUACGGGUGCUAGCAUCCAAAUGUCGAGUUAGUCAUGAAACUAUUCGUGCUUAUUUGAAAGAUAUGAACAUCAAAUACUACAAAAAACGACGAGUACCGAAAUAUACUGAUCAACAACUUCAAGAAGUGCCAAUUCGAGCCCGUCGACUGUAUCGAACUUUAGUAAACAACGACUUUCAGAUCAUAAUGGACGAUGAAAAAUACUUUUUGCUUUCUGAUCAAUCGGUACCCACUAAUCGUGGAUACUAUUCGUCUGACAUGAGUUUAACAUCUCCUGAAGUCAAAUUCAAACGAGUUCAAAAAUUUGAACAAGAAGUCUUGGCUUGGAUUGCUAUCUCAACCAAUGAUAUCUCCUCACCCUUCUUCGCAAAGUAA